AUGCUGGAACAGGCCUUUCCGGUGGCAGCAGCGGCAUUUGCCUUCGCAUCUGGCAUGGCGGCCCUCCACACGGUGAUGCGCUUGCUGAAGCACGGUGACCAGGUCAUCGCAAAUGAAGACAUCUAUGGCGGGAUGCAUCGCUUGUUGACACAGGACUGCACAAACAGUGGCAUUGACGUGAAGUUUGUCGACACCACCGAUCUGAAUGCUCUGAGCAAGGCGAUCACUCCCAAAACUCGGCUCAUCCAUUUGGAGAGCCCGUCUAAUCCUCGCAUGCGGAUCACAGACAUGCGAGGCGUUUGCGCCAUUGCUCACAAGUCAGGGCUGCCCAGUCGCGCAGCUCCACAGCGCAAGUGUGUGGACAUCGUGGUGCAUUCUGCCACCAAGUUCUUCUCUGGCCAUGCUGACUGCACUGGCGGCUUGGUUUGUGUUCGAGAUCCCGAACUGGCACACCGAGUGGCCUUCCUGCAGAAUGCUGAGGGGACUGCAUUGGCUCCAUUUGAGUGCUUUCUCUUCCUUCGUGGAAUCAAAACAAUGUUUUUGAGAGUUGAACGCGCUCAACAAAGCGCACGCCGGGUCGUCAACUUCCUCCUCCGAAAUCCACACAUUGAGAAGGUUCUGUUUCCUGGCCCUGGUGGUUGUGACGCGACCAGCCUAGCGAUCCAUUGCUCUCAGAGCAAAGGCAGUGGAUCAGUCAUCAGCUUCACGACAGGAUCUCUGGACUUCUCACGUCGACUGGUGGAUGCUUGCAAAAUCUUUAAGACGACGGUUUCCUUCGGCAGUGUGAACAGCCUAUUGGAGAUGCCUUGCACGAUGAGUCACGCAUCGAUUCCCGCAGAGAAGCGAACUCUGCCGGCGGACCUGAUCAGGCUAUCGGUGGGUAUUGAGGAUGCACAGGACCUGAUUUUGGACCUGGAACAGGCCAUCAAGGUGGCUGCGGGCGAAUUGUCUUCCACUCCACAUGGCGGUUUUGAUAGCGAGUUCCAGGAUUUGCCUGUCGUGCCACCUAUGGUUGACAAGACCAUCCAGGAUGAUGGCGUUUCCACCGCAGCAACGUCGGCCACCCGCGCUCCGUCUGCGCGCUUCAACCUGUUCAUUCAAGGAGAAGCGUCAUCUGAUGCCAGUGGAGAUGAGGAGCAAAGUGCUGCCGAAUUUGUACCAGCCAUGCCACUGGUACUUCCUUUGGCGGUCUUUGCAGUAUGCGGCCUGAGCCUUCUUCGCUUGCUGAAGUGA